CAAUAUAUGAACCUUAAGUCAUUCAACGUCAGCUAAGUCAUUAGAAACUUAGAAAAAUGAAAGAUAUUUCAAAGUAUUUCCUGUCCUAAUUCUCAUUGAUAUAAAUUAACAAAAACUUACAAAGUAAGAACAUCAAAAACUGCACUUCCAGCCAGAAACAUUUCAAGCAAAGUGUCAAGAAAAUUUAUGAGUUCAAACAAGAGACUAGUCGACUCUAAAAUGCCCCAUAACUUUUAACACAUAGAAUAUUUAACAAAACUAAAGCUUAAAAACAACUAUCAUACCCUAAACAUACUCUAUAAUUUACAAAAUGAUUUGCCGGCGAGAGAACAUUUCAAUGGGCUUUAAUUGCCUUGCUUGCAAUUGAAAUUUAUUGCCCAGUGUUUGUGAUAUCUAAAGCGAAUUAUUCAUAAAUUACUAUCUACUUGGCCGAAUGACGCCAACAUUAUCAGCCAUCUACCGUCUAUCUAUCUAUGCAACCGAAUUCCAAUGGCUUUCAACAUGGCCAUUUACAUGUCGGUGUUUUUCGGUUCAAAAAACCAAUUGCCAAUGGGAAUAUUUUACCACAAUAUUUUAUCUCCAAUUUCGGGGGCCUAUAAGCUUGUACGCAGAGGGGUUAUUUAUUUGGCUGGCCGAGAAAUAUUUGGUAUUUCUAUUAGAGCCAAACAAACCGCUCUAACUAACCGAAACAGCGAAAAUGUUGUGAUAGUUUAUGGUCUGUCCGUGUCUCUAAGAGAUAAAUAAUUAUUGCAUUAGCCUCAAAAAUGUCGAACAGCUAGCUCUCGUUUCGUAGCAACGCCCCAGCUUUAUAUAUUUUUUUUUUUUUGAUUUUUUCCAGGCCGCGAAACGUGACACUUGGCUAUCAGAUGUGGCAGCAUGGCGGGGGCAUGUGGCACGUAACAGAUGGCAUUUAAGGCCUAAUAAAAACACGCCGAGAACAAAAAACAAAAAAAAAACUGAAACUGAAAAUCAAUAAACACAAAAGCCAAAAGCAAGAAGUACGUAACAAGCAACAACAACAACAACCAAAUGUGGCAACAACAAGUGAGCAAGUUAAAGAACCUUUGCGAUUUGUAAACGCUGCGAAAAAAGGCAACAAAAAAAACAAAAACAACAGCGAAAAAAAAAAACAAAACAAGAGGAGAAAAAAGAACAUUUAAUACAACGCUUGGAGGGAAAAAGCAGCAACAAUGUCGGAGGGCAGCGAUAACAACGGGGAUCCCCAGCAGCAGGGUGCGGAAGGGGAGGCUGUGGGCGAGAACAAAAUGAAGUCCCGCCUACGUAAAGGAGCCUUGAAGAAGAAGAACGUCUUCAAUGUCAAGGAUCACUGCUUCAUAGCCAGAUUCUUCAAGCAACCAACCUUCUGUUCCCACUGCAAGGACUUUAUCUGCGGUUAUCAGUCGGGAUAUGCAUGGAUGGGAUUUGGAAAGCAAGGAUUUCAGUGCCAAGUUUGCUCGUAUGUGGUGCACAAGCGAUGCCACGAAUAUGUCACCUUCAUCUGUCCGGGCAAGGAUAAAGGCAUCGAUUCGGAUUCACCAAAAACUCAACACAAUUUCGAGCCAUUCACAUACGCAGGACCCACGUUCUGCGAUCAUUGUGGUUCCCUGCUGUAUGGCAUUUACCACCAGGGUCUCAAAUGCUCAGCAUGUGACAUGAACGUGCAUGCCCGCUGCAAGGAGAACGUGCCAAGUCUCUGCGGAUGCGAUCACACGGAGCGGCGGGGUCGCAUUUAUCUGGAGAUCAAUGUCAAGGAAAAUCUGCUAACUGUCCAGAUCAAGGAGGGUCGCAAUCUCAUACCAAUGGAUCCCAAUGGACUAAGCGAUCCAUAUGUCAAGGUCAAGCUAAUACCAGAUGACAAGGAUCAGUCGAAGAAGAAGACUAGAACCAUUAAGGCUUGCCUGAAUCCUGUCUGGAAUGAAACACUCAGCUAUGAUCUAAAACCCGAAGACAAGGAUCGACGCAUCCUGAUCGAAGUAUGGGACUGGGAUCGCACUUCACGCAAUGACUUUAUGGGCGCUCUGUCCUUCGGCAUCUCGGAAAUCAUCAAGAACCCCACCAAUGGCUGGUUCAAACUGCUCACCCAGGACGAGGGCGAGUACUAUAAUGUGCCAUGUGCGGAUGAUGAGCAGGAUCUCCUAAAGCUCAAGCAGAAACCUUCCCAAAAGAAGCCCAUGGUGAUGCGCAGCGAUACGAAUACGCAUACGUCGUCCAAAAAGGAUAUGAUCCGGGCUACGGACUUUAAUUUCAUCAAAGUUCUGGGCAAGGGAUCGUUUGGCAAGGUUUUGCUAGCUGAGCGCAAGGGUAGCGAGGAGUUAUAUGCCAUCAAGAUACUAAAAAAAGAUGUGAUUAUCCAGGACGAUGAUGUGGAGUGCACCAUGAUCGAGAAGCGUGUCCUGGCUCUGGGUGAAAAGCCACCUUUCCUGGUCCAACUACACUCCUGCUUCCAGACAAUGGAUCGUUUGUUCUUUGUGAUGGAGUAUGUGAACGGCGGGGAUUUAAUGUUCCAAAUCCAACAGUUUGGCAAGUUCAAGGAGCCAGUGGCUGUAUUCUAUGCCGCUGAAAUAGCCGCUGGGCUUUUCUUCCUACAUACCAAGGGUAUACUGUAUCGGGAUCUGAAGUUGGAUAAUGUUCUCUUGGAUGCCGAUGGUCAUGUGAAGAUUGCGGACUUUGGCAUGUGCAAGGAGAAUAUAAUGGGUGACAAGACCACCAAGACUUUCUGCGGAACACCUGACUAUAUAGCUCCUGAGAUAAUUCUUUAUCAACCCUAUGGCAAAUCGGUGGACUGGUGGGCCUAUGGAGUCCUGCUUUAUGAGAUGCUAGUGGGUCAGCCUCCGUUCGAUGGCGAGGAUGAGGAGGAGCUGUUUGCCGCCAUAACUGAUCAUAAUGUGUCCUAUCCAAAAAGCCUGAGCAAGGAGGCCAAAGAGGCCUGCAAGGGCUUCCUAACCAAGCAGCCAAAUAAGCGUUUGGGUUGUGGUUCCUCUGGCGAGGAGGAUGUCCGUCUGCAUCCCUUCUUCAGACGCAUCGAUUGGGAGAAAAUAGAAAAUCGAGAAGUGCAGCCACCUUUCAAGCCGAAGAUUAAACACCGGAAGGAUGUGUCCAACUUUGACAAGCAGUUCACAUCAGAGAAAACAGACUUGACGCCCACGGAUAAGGUGUUCAUGAUGAACCUGGAUCAAUCGGAAUUCGUUGGCUUCUCCUACAUGAAUCCCGAAUAUGUCUUUAGCCCAUAGAUCCGAACUGAUCUGAACUAGUUUCCAUGCUGCGAGUUGUGUCCCCUAAGUCUAUAGUUUGAUAUUGAUUACUAAAAAGACAUCUUGUUACACUUUGUUAAGUUUUCUGUUUUGAUUUUCUACCAUUAUAUGUCUGUAUCUAUAUAUAUAUUUAUUGAAUUGUUAAGUUUUGAGUUAAUUUUAAGUGCUAGAAACUGUGAAACAGAGCUUUAGUUGUGGAAAAUUCGAAUACUGUUCAAAAGCACGUCCUCAUCUCAAGCCAAAAAAAAAACAAAAAAUAAAAACAAAAGGAAAGCAAUAAAAAUCAACAUUUCAAAUACUUGAUAGUUGCCUAUCAUCUUUCUGCGUAGAACUUUGAUCAAUUCUUUCCGAUUUCCAAGAAAUGUUUUCAAAAUAUUAAUAUCAACUUCAGCAAGCUUUAAGCAUUUGCAUUCUCCAUUUUGGAAGUUAACUUUUUAGCCAACAUCUGAGUGUUUUUUGUAGCCAAUUAAUCGAUUUUAAUAGUCAAAAAAAAACCGUGGGAAAGUCCUUAUACUUAACACGUUAGAGCAAGAAAGUCAGAGAGACUCAGGAGUUUGUUUUUGGGCCAGGUUCAAACGUCAUUCGAUUGUAGUGCUAGCCCCGGCAUUAUGAUCAAAUCGAAAACGCGUUUAGGUGAGUUCGCCAAAGAGGGAAGAAUCAUUGAGGGUACAUUUAAAGUUCCCAAAAAUAUUCAAUACUUAAGCAGAAAUAUCAUAGAAGAAGUGUUUUUAAAUUCCAUUAAUAAUGUAUCAAUGUGCGUGUAAAUUAAUUUUACGUUUUAUUUAAAAAAAAAAAAGCAUUGCAAACACACGUAUAUAUAGCACGUCUAUAUAUAUGGCUGGCAUAGAGUCUCAAUGUACCAUAACUAACAAAUUGCAUAGCAAUAAGUUAAGCUUAGACGAUACUUAACACUAAAGCUGUAAAACUAAAACUAAAAACUAAAACCUAAACUGUAAAACUAUAAAAACUAUUUGCUCCUAAACGAGAGAUAACAACACUAUGUUAGAUUGAUCUUGAGUUGAAAACUUUAGUACCUUAACAGGAAUCUAGCUGCUAACAAACUACUGUUUAACUAUGGGAAAAGACAAUCUACUAUAAGCAUGUAAAACUAUAUAGUCAACGUAUAUAUAGCCUAGACCGAUUUCCAAAUUAGCGCCAGCCGAGCUAAGCUUUUGUGCCUCUCGUAGCUAUCUUUCUCUCAUAGAAGAAACCUUAACAGAAUUCAUGCCAAACGAGGCUAUACGUAUUUAUAGGGAAAUUAUAUAUAUAUAUAUAUUUGGAUAUCUGUCGAUGGGGUACUUGUAGCCAAGCUAAUUGCAUAGGGCACAACAGAGUAAUUCAAAUGAUAAUUGAAAAUUGGUAAAGCUUAAAAGUAGUUUGAACUAGUAAAAUUCGAUACAUAAUACAAAUUAAAUACUUAUAAACUUAAAUAUAUAUAUAAAAAAAUUGUGUAACUCCGAACUUGAAGCAUUUAAAACGUUUAAUUUAACUCUCCAAUUUGAAAUCAAAAAGUAAACUAAGCCAACAAGGUAGAUCAAAAGAUAUUGCAUACUCGAUUCCAAAGAGAUAACGGAUGAGUACGAUACACAACCAUGAUGAUGAUGAAGUUAGCACUUAACGUUCAACCCGAGGGAUAAAGAAAUUUGCUCGUAUUUUUAAAAAGAUAAAUGUAAUGCAUAAUUAACAUAUAUCUAUAGAUGUAUAUGUGUGUGUCUGAAUUACUUUAAUGACUUUUAUGGCAAAUAAAUGAAGGAAGCGAAAAAAAAAGAAACACUUUUCAAGUCUGUUCAAAUAUUGAAAAUAUUUAUCAAUUUGAAGAAAAAUUCAACAUUUUUAUUAUCGAACUAUAUACAUAUUGAAAAGUGCAUAUUGUUAGGACUUGUAACUUUAACUGCAUACAGUUUUAUUUAGAGUCGACAUUUUUACAAAAAAAUAAAACAUAUUUAUGUAAUUUUGAUAAUUUUCAAGGUCAUUUUUUAAACCAAAAUCUCAUACGUAUGUAUUUUAAUUGCAUAUUAACUUAGUACAAAAAACAAAUAGUUAUAUACACAUAUACAUUAAUAUAUUUAUAUCUAUGAAAUAUCGAUGUGAAUUACUUAACAGAUAUAAUACCAUACGAUAUCAUCACACGAGAGAAAGUCAAAACUUCCAAAACAACACACUCUCUCUCUCUCUUAUAGAAACCCCAUAAAAAACUAAACUAAUGAAAACUAUUUUUACGUCUGAAUAAUUCAUCCCCCUUUGAAAAUACAGUCUCAGUCGAAGCCUUAUGCAUCGGCUAUAUACUUACAUUUACGAGUACACACUGUCCCUGGCUGAAUGUAAUCUAUAAUUUAUUGAGCCAAGCCAAACAAAGAGACAAACUCAAAUAAAUCAAACAAACGGCUUUUGGCCUAACACAAACACACACACAACUACAAUACGAGUACCGAAAAAGUAAAUAAAAACAUUCUACUAAA